CUGCCCGUUUGUCUUGUGGAGAAUUCUCGACAUUUGGAUCAUAUCCAAAGUACACUGACCCCUGGUUAUGUAUAAACACAGAACAGAAACCCCCUUCGCCUACAAGACAUUUUGCUCAAGAACUAUCUUUCCAACAUCUUGCCCGUCGGAUCUGACCAGGAUGCUUCAUGGAGCUUCGACCACCGGCGACGCUAAACUUGUACGGUGCCCAAAGAGAACUCUCGAGAGAUUACGGCAUUUAAACGAAGCUGAGAUCAUCACUCUCUUCACGCCAAUUGUCCCACACCCUCCUUCUACAACACUGGCAAAAGACAUGGAUCCCUUUGAACCUUUGGGCCGGGUGCUGCCACGAAAAGUACGACAUGUCCCAUACCACCUCGACUACGGCAAAACUGAAACGCACGCCGACUUUCUGCCUUCGAGUGGAGCAGUUAUAGUUGUCGUUUGUGCCACGGCCAAUGUCCUUGGAUAUGAUGCUCAAGCCUUUGAGAAACAGUUGCAGUUUGCUCGGGGUAUAGCAAAAGACAUCAAGGAAAACAAGUCGAUAGCCAGCAUCCCUUUUGCAGUGCUCUUCAUCAGCGAUGACGCUGCUGGAAGGGGCUACAUUAAUGCUAGUUGCGAUCUCCCGGCAGUUAUUACAGCCAACGAUUAUACAGCUGCAGCGUUGAACAAUGCUGUCCGAGUUCUGUUUGGGAUUUGAGAGUAAUGAAGGGCGGUCUUUUGUGUAUCCAUAUCCGGAGUUUCAUGCGCUACAUCACAUUGGGGGGUUUCAGUGUUAUGGAGGCAAGCGUCAUUAAGUGGUAUUUGUGUAGCGUUCCAACUGCAAACAAUGGCCUUGUUAGUUUAGGCAUAAUGCACAUUGUCAUUAGCUUUAGUCCCGAUUUAUUGUUUUCUUUACAUACGUCAUGAAAAUGUACCCACUA